CGGUUGUGGAGGUUGUUCAGCCGGCCUCUAAUGAAAGCAGAAACCAUUUCUUUAAUGCCGUGCCGUUGUCCUCAUCGCGAGAGCCUGAGCCAAACUGUGAGAAAAGAGGAAAGAAGAACACACACACUUAAAGAAAAUUUCAGAUUUUUAUCAUCAAUGAAGAUAAUUUGGCGACUUCUAAGGGUCUGUGUCUUUGCUCUUCUUGUGAAUCAAUUUGCAGAGGCCUCGGUAAACGUGAUCACCGAGAAAUUGGAGGUUGUGAGAUCAGAUUUCCCAAGUGAUUUUAUGUUUGGAACAGCUACCUUUGCUGUGCAGAUAGAAGAAUCGGCAAACGGAGUGCGAGGGCCAAGGGUUUGGGACUCUUUCGCCCACAACUUCUCAGCAAAAUUUGCAGACCACAGUAACGGGGACAUAGCCAUCAACUCAUGCGAACGGUACAAGGCUGAAGGAAGCUUCUUUCUUUACAUUUACCCUGAAGGGCUGCAGAAACUCUUGGAAUACAUCAAGGACAGAUACCAAAACCCCAAAAUCUACAUCACUGAAAAUGGGAUUAAUGAGGCUAUGGUUGAUAGCCAUGGACUUGAGGAGGCUCUACACGAUCCACACUGAAUUGUCUUUGUCCUUAGACAUCUGUAUAUGACCAGUAAAGCCUUGGAAAAUGGGGUGGAUGUGAAGGGCUAUUUCUACUGGUCUCUGUUCUACAGCUUUGAAUUCGGAUCAGGAUACAACUUAAGAUACGGAUUUUACUACAUGGAUUACAAGGACAACCUAAAGGGCAUCAUCCCCAAAGAGUCUGCCAAGUGGGUAUCUGAUUUUCUCAAGAGGCAGUGACACAAAGCCAGACUCAGAAGAAAGCUGCAACUUCAGGGCAUCCCCAUAUGGCAAAGGAAACUGUGGAAAAUGUACUGAUGCUCGUCUUCUUAAUGUAGGUGUGACUUUGGCUUGGGGCUUUUCCCCUUAUAUUCACAUAUGGAGUAUGAACAAAGUAACAUGUGUACAUGAUUUUGAGAGGUAAAAGAGGAAAAAUGUGGGUAUGCUCUAAAGUGUUUGCAGAUUGUUAGCUUCUUAGGAGAGGCCUGUUGCUGUGUCUGCACAUGCAUUCAGGCACUGGGUAAGCAAUCACAUCCCGGGUACUUCUCUUGUUUGUCCUUUUCUCAGGCUGGCCCUGAUAUCUGCUGUGCAGCUUCCUCAUGAUGCUUCUGAACUCUGCCUCAGAAAUGGAGGCGUCUCCGAAGAAAGGAAUCAUUUCUCGCUUGUCUGGCUUUACAAAUUUCCUAUGCCCAACGUAUGCGCGAUGACCCUGUCAAGUAACCAACAGAAACACUGGUGAAUGGGUGAAUUUUUCUGGUGAAGUUUGGUUGGAAGAGUAUUAAUUGAUCCCCUUUUACCUGCAUGGCUCGCCCCAUGUUGCCUCCAUGGGAAGGUAGGAACACGUCACUGCUCAGCGAUACAAUGUAGUCCAGAGCAGCCAUAGCAGAUGGCCUGUUGACGUAUGGUGAGAGCUCGCCUUCUCGUGCCAGCAUUUCCUUUGUUACCACAUUUGGAAACUCCCCCACAAGGGCCUGCAGCGCCUUGGCUCCCCCAAAUGGCUCUCCUCCUGCCCUGUACACUCGUGCAGUCCUCGGAGCCCCUAGAGCCUUAAGCAGCCUGCAGUAGAAUGAGAUCAGAUAGUGUCCCAGAUCGCAUUCCAACAAAGAUAUUUCCCAAGAUGCAGAGUCACUAAACCUUGCUACUUCUAAGGCAUUUAGAGGACAAAGUCCAGCAAGUCUUCGCUGAGUGUAGGUCAUGUUCAACCUUCCAGUGAGGAGUCUAGGUCGAGACUCACGAAUCUUCCUAAUAAUAUCAUCAUACUCGGGGCCUAAACCAGUAAGACAUCCAGUUCUCACCCACACAUCCUUCUCGAGACGGAGAUGGAGAGCGAUAUAUGGCCCCUCAAUCCACAUUCUUCUUGCAAACCUAUCGCCAAGCUCCUGAAUUGGAGCUGCAAAUCUUAGUGCAUGGAAAGCUACCUGCAAAAUUAACAAGAACCCAAAAAACCUUCAAGUAUUGGGACUAGUAGGAUUUAUAUGUACAUAAUCUGAAGUCUGAACUUGUUGAUGGUAAUCAAAUUCCAUUCUACCUUACACCGAAGCUUCUGAAGAUCAAGUGGAAGAUUCUUGGAGAGCUUAGAAUCUAUCCCUUUUAGUAUGAGAACACCUUCUUUGUUCAGCUACAUGCAUUAACCAAAAUUUCAGACAGUGCCAUAUAAAAGGGAAAUGGCCUUAAAGAAGAAGCUAGAUACAAAAGAAAAUUGCAGUACAGAGAGCACAAAUCAAAGAAGGAAAGAUGAUAAAGAAGAGUUUGAGUUCAAUUUCUUUUUACUUCUGUGAGGAAUUUAGUACGGAUCCAAAGGGGAGAAACAUUGAGGGGCAUUCGUGUGUUAAUUGUUGGUUUUGAACUCAAAUGCGUGGAGGGAAGAGAUGAUACAACUCGAACAUCAGCUUGUAAGGUCCUCUUGAAAUGAUCCACAUCGAAAAUAUCAGAAAAUUCACUGCGAACAACACCGAAAAAGAUGGUUACCCCAGCCUGAAAAGAACCGGCACAACCAGGGCUGCUUCAAGAAUUCUCGCAAUAACGACUGCAUCAACAAUCUGAUUCUUCUGUUGAUUCAAUCCUCCUGAGACUACCACCACCAAGAACCUGUGCUUCUCCUUUGAUAUCUUUGCAGAUGCUUUCCGGUACAGUAUACUGAAAUCCAAACAAGGCCUGUACCCUUCUCCAUCAGGCUGUGCCCAGAACUCUGCCUCCUCCUUUGUCAUGUUCCUGGAAACCGCAUGAGCUGGUAAGGGCACUGUUGCACUCCUUGACAGCACUACUGGCUCUUGAUUCUUAGUAGAAAGUGAGGCCAAAGAUAGAUGAGAGUUUGGAGGAGGCAACAGAGUGGGGAAAGAGGUUAAUGGACAUGGACAUGGCACUAGGUUCUGAGAAACGAACACCAACCUGAGCAGAGAAAGUCCCAAGAAAGAGACGAGAAUGAGAAGGAAGAUCAUGAAAAGAGAGCUUCUUGGUGGGAAUGAAGAACACGACCUGUCGCUUCUUGGGGUUUUGUUGAGAAGUGAAGUAAGUGGAGAGACACGAAAUAGGGUGAAGAGUGGAGAUGGGAUUACAGUGAUGAAGCUGUUCUUGAUGUUUCUGUGUCUAGCCAUGGAAGAAGCUGGAUUAUUCUUUGUGAAGGGUGAUGGGUGAUGGGUUUUCUUUAUUUACAGUGAUGGAGGACUUCUUGAUGCUCUUCCAGCUGUGAGAUGGAGACAAGAGGCGUAUGAAACGGAGAAAAUGAAGAAUGAGAGAGAUAUAAACGGAGGGAAAUGAGAGAUGGACCAGAUGGUUUAAGCUUGGGGUGAUUAUGGCUCCUAAUAUCUGCUCUUGAUUAAGGGAUGAAAAGUCUAAUAUGCCCUUCAAUUCUUGGAGAAUUAUAGGGAGAAUGGUGAUGCACUGAAGGGUGUGGAGGGUGUUUCGGUCAUAAAACAUGUAGUAAGAGCUGGACGUUUUUACAGUUGGGGAUGUUACUCAUUUAAUGUUUAAGAAAUCAA